AUGUCUGGCGAGAAGAAGUCUCAAGAAUAUGGACAGGAUGCUACGGAAUCCAAAAGGAAUGGCUCGAUAUCGUCUCUGUCUUCCAGAUCGACGUCUACUAGCGUGGAGACUAUAGUGACAAAGCUGCUGAUGUCCACGAAGCAUCUUUUGCAAACAUUAACGCAAUGGUCUAAGCAGGCUGUGACUCAGAAAGAUGUGUCCGAUGCCUAUGUUCAGUUGGGAAAUGACUUUAAGGUGGUGUCCAAGUUCUUCACCCAUUGCGGGAUAGAUGUACGAGACUUGGGAGAUGUACCAAUGGACUUGAGGCGGGUUUUGGAGGUUGCUUUGAGGGAGAAGCCAUCAGAUAAUAAUUUGAAUAAAUAUCUGCCCAGUAUUCGGGAAAUCAUCGUCAAGCUGCUGGACAAGCUUAAAGUCAAACAGGCGCUGUUGAAGUCGAUGAAGCAAGAGCAGUCUCUCAGAGCGAUGCAGCAUCAACAACGGCCGUCGGUUGUGAGCAGUCUCUCGUUGUCAUCUGCAUCCACUCCGUCGCGAUCCUCCAAUUUGAACGGUGUUAAUGCAUCGCCAAACGAGUCUAAGGCUCCCGCUGGCCAAUUUCAGCAGAACGAGAAGCCUCGGAAUGGAAAUUACUCGAGCCCUGACCUUUUGAGUCCAGCUCAUCCGAGCAAGCAGAGAGUUUUAUCAGAGAAUGAGGCACUGACGCGCCUGAAGCAAGGUUCUGACCUCCAAAGACGUGCGUCUAAACGGUUCUCCGCCUAUCACAUGGCCAAAUUUACCAACCAGGCAACUAGUGAUGCAAGCGAGGCUGCAUUGCCAUCAGUUCCUACUUCUGCUCAAUCUAACCCGCUGCCCGUGAGGGCUGUUGCCGAAGCAGAUGGGAAGGCUAUCAAUAAUGCGGACAUAGCGAAUUUACCAACAGCUAGUCGAACAGCGGAUGGUACUUUAUUCACUCUCUUCCUCUCAAUGGAUGGCCAAACGAAGAAAUGCCGCGUUCCCAAGCCAGCUAACAUAAAUGCAUUGAAACUACUGUUUGUCGAGAAGUUUGCCUACUCACCAGGCGGUGAUACGUUUCCUGAGCUUUAUAUGAAGGACAAGGAUUAUAACGUUUCCUAUGAGCUUGAUGAACAUGCAUUUUCUGAUCUGGAUGAUGGAUGUAUCGUUGAGCUUCGGCAACAUGACCUUCGCACACCAGCUCCGAGUAAUCCAACCGAAUGGAUUCAAUCAGUGAAGGAAGAGAUCCACAAAAAUAAUAACGAACUUUUGAAACAAAUGAAGAAUCUUAUCGCUAAUAGCCAGGUUGCUGCUUUGCCUUCUGCACCAAAAGAUGAUCCGGCGGCUAGGACAUCUCCCAUCACACAGAGCAGUCUGAAUGAAAUGAAAAAGGAGAUCUCAGUUUUGAGACAGCUCCAGACGGAAAAUAGGAAAAAUCUCAAGGUUGCAAUAGCCGCAAUCACAGAAGAAUUAAGCAAGUUUCAAACCCUGUCUCCUGAUUCGAACUCAUCCUCGAAUAGAGUCUACAUUGGAAAAUCACAAGAACAGCUGGGCCAAGUUUCUGACUCACUUUUGAGCAGAGUAGAUGAUUUACAAGACCUUAUCGAGAUACUCAGAAAAGAUGUUGCUGUGCGUGGAGCAAAGCCGUCGAGGAAGAAACUCGAUUCGGUUCAAAAAGAUCUCAAAGCCGCUCAAGAUGACCUCCAAAAAAUGCAUCAGUUUAUAGCCGCUGAGAAACCUCACUGGAAAAAGAUCUGGGAGGCGGAGCUAGACAAAGUUUGCGAAGAACAGCAGUUCCUCACACUUCAAGAAGAUUUGGCAGCUGAUCUUGAAGAAGAUCUAGGGAAAGCUAUCGAAACCUUUGACCUAGUCAACCUCUGCUGUGUUGAGCAAGAAAAGAAUCCCAAAAGAUCCAAAACCAACCCGAUUCUGCCUGUACCGAAGCCAGGGACACUGAACAGGGUGAGAGAUCAAUUGUUGAGCGAAGUUCAGUCUCUCAACCCUGACCACGAAGGCAGAGCUGAAGCUUUAGAGAAAGCAGAGAAGCUGUGGUUAAAGGAAAAAGAGUACAGAGACACGGGUGAAUUUGAAGAGGAGCUCGAAAACUUUGUUGAGAAAUCUAGUUUCAAGCGGUCUGGUGGUGUGGAAGAAGUGGAAAGAUUGAGAAGGCAGAAGGACGAAGAGAAUCUUCGAGCUAAUUUCGGGGGACUACCUGUAUGA